UUAUUUUCUGGUUAUUUGCUUCACAAUAUAUAGUUAGCGACUCUCUAGGGUUUUGCUGUCACUAGGGCACUCUCAGACGAUUUGAAGACCAGAGUUUCGAUCUUUUAGGCUUCAACAUGACUCAAAACAAGAAGAAAGUUAACUGGUCGGAGCUUUGUCCUGAGUUGGUUCAAUGUGUUUUCGAACGAUUGAGUUUCACAAAUCUGAAACGAGGAAGAUCAGUCUGUUCUUCGUGGCGCACUGCUUUGAGAGGUUGCGUCCCAAAACGUAAUCAGAUUCCAUGGCUGCUUCUCUUCCCGCAAAACGACAAUAACAACGAAAACAACAACACCAGUUGCGUGUUGUUCGUUCCAGAAGACAGAGACAAAACCUACAAAACCAGAGAUCUCGGUGCUUACUUUGUUAAGAGUAGCUGUGUUGCUACUUAUGGAAGCUGGCUCCUGAUGUUGGACACUCUUUGGAAUCUCUACAUUAUAAAUCCUUUGACCGGUGAGAGGAUUGAAUUACCAACCACUGACUAUGCUCAAUACGAACGACCUUCUGAUAUAAAACCCCAAGACCUCGUAGCUUGUCUCUGGAUAGACGACAUAAGCAAAGAUUACUUAGUUGCGUGUGUAAUGGGUUACCCUGUCUUUACAAAGAAAGGGAACCACUCGUGGCGAAGGAUCUCCUCUCGUUACGGGGAAGGGCGCUACAAACAAAUGGUAUACGAACCCACAUCCCAACAGCUCUACGUUCGUCGUUACUACAAUUAUCCUGUUAAGGUCUGGUCUUUCUCGGGAGAUGAUCCACAACAAGUCUCUGAAGAUAAUUAUCCUCCAGUUGAGUAUGCCUUUUGGGAUUUCCUCAGCAAAGACAAAGAGUUGCAUCUGAAAGAAGAAGAGUUUUAUGUGAAAGAGUAUGUUGACAGCAGGCUAUACAUUGCAGUCAGUACAGUCUCUGGACAAGUUUUGAAGGUAGUUAAUGUGUUGCAGAAGUUCAAAAGAUGGCGCUUUCUCGUCUACAAAAUGCACCCUGUUGAGCUUACUUGGGAAGUAGUCGACUCUCUGGGCGAUGAGGCGCUGAUCUUAGACAUGGGUAUCACUGUUGUAGCCAAAGACAUUCCAGGGAUCAAGAGGAACUCAAUCUACUUUAGUGGUCUCGAUAAUGGCAGCACAAAUCCUGACCAUAUAUUUGUGUUUGAUCUCACCACCCAUGAGAUUGAACCUUUGCCUCAAUGUGUUUUCUCCUCUGUUCGUUUCUCUGAUGCUCGAUGGUUCUUCCCGGGUCUAGACCCGUAGUCUAACUGUGCUGUUUGCACCUCAUCAUGUCUUAGUUUUUGUUUUGUUACUUCUAAAUGGUGAAAUGAUAUAUAAUGUUGAUUUACUGUCAUACCGGAGUCUUUGUUGUUAGGAGUGUUGUUAGUCUCACAAUUCUGUGCGAUGAAGCGCUGAUCUUAGACAUGGGUAUCACUGUUGUAGCCAAAGACAUUCCACCAGCGAGAUUGAACCUUUGCCUCAAUGUGUUUUCUCCUCUGUUCAUUUCUCCUAUGCUCGUUGGUUCUUCCCGGGCCU